CCUCCUACACAGACAGCUCUGAUGAUGAGACUUCCCCCCGAGACAAGCAGCAGAAGAACUCCAAAGGCAGCAGUGAUUUCUGUGUCAAAAACAUAAAGCAGGCGGAAUUCGGGCGCCGAGAGAUUGAAAUUGCUGAACAAGAAAUGCCUGCACUGAUGGCUUUGAGGAAGAGAGCUCAGGGAGAGAAGCCACUGGCCGGGGCCAAGAUCGUGGGCUGCACGCACAUCACAGCCCAGACAGCUGUCCUGAUGGAGACCCUUGGAGCUCUGGGUGCUCAGUGCCGAUGGGCUGCAUGCAACAUCUACUCAACUCUUAAUGAAGUGGCUGCUGCCCUGGCUGAGAGUGGGUUUCCUGUCUUUGCCUGGAAGGGAGAAUCCGAAGACGACUUCUGGUGGUGCAUCGACCGCUGCGUCAACGUGGAGGGCUGGCAGCCCAACAUGAUCUUGGAUGAUGGAGGAGAUCUGACUCACUGGAUUUACAAGAAAUACCCCAACAUGUUUAAGAAGAUCAAGGGGAUUGUAGAGGAGAGUGUGACUGGUGUGCACAGGCUGUACCAGCUGUCCAAAGCAGGGAAGCUCUGUGUCCCAGCCAUGAAUGUCAACGACUCAGUCACAAAGCAGAAGUUUGACAAUCUGUACUGCUGCAGGGAGUCCAUCCUGGAUGGGCUCAAGAGGACCACGGACAUGAUGUUUGGAGGAAAGCAGGUGGUGGUUUGUGGCUACGGGGAGGUGGGGAAGGGUUGCUGCGCUGCGCUGAAGGCGAUGGGAGCGAUCCCGUACGUGACCGAGAUCGACCCGAUCUGUGCCCUGCAGGCCUGCAUGGAUGGAUUCAGGCUUGUGAAGCUCAAUGAAGUCAUCAGACAAGUUGACAUCGUCAUCACCUGCACAGGGAACAAGAACGUGGUGACCAGGGAACAUCUGGACCGGAUGAAGAACGGCUGCAUUGUCUGCAACAUGGGGCACUCCAACACGGAGAUUGAUGUGGCCAGCCUGCGUACCCCUGAGCUGACCUGGGAGAGGGUGAGGUCUCAGGUGGACCAUGUCAUCUGGCCAGAUGGGAAGAGAAUAGUCCUUCUGGCAGAGGGCCGCCUGCUGAACCUGAGCUGCUCCACCGUCCCCACCUUCGUCCUCUCCAUCACUGCCACCACACAGGCCCUGGCUCUGAUAGAGCUCUACAACGCUCCCGAAGGCCGCUACAAGCAAGACGUGUACCUCCUGCCCAAGAAAAUGGAUGAGUACGUGGCCAGCCUUCACCUCCCAACCUUUGAUGCCCACCUGACAGAAUUAACAGACGAACAAGCGAAAUACCUGGGCCUGAACAAGAACGGACCUUUCAAACCAAACUACUACAGAUAUUAAGUUCCUGCCGCCGCUGCGUCCCGGAGAACCGCGAGGAACAAGAGCCCAGAUCUUUUCUCAACUCCCGGACAGGAUGAAGCAGCACGAGUUUCCUAGGUCAGAGCUGGGCUUGCUCCCGCAGCAGGCGCUGUGGUUUAGGUUAUUUAUUUAUUACAUUAGAACGCUGUAUGUGCGGCCGCUGCCACUGGCGCUCGUCCCGCUGCGGGACUGGGAUGCGGUGGAGUUCUUUCCCUUCGUUUCGUUUCGUUUCGUUUUAGUUUUGGUUCUCUU